AUGGCUCCACAAGAAGAGCCUCUCUCCGAAGCUUCCGCUGCAGCAGCAGCGAAGCCUGAAACAGCAGCAACAGCAGCAGCAGCAGCAGCAGCAACAGCACCAAAGCAGGAGACAGCAGCAGCAGCAACAAAGCAGGAAGAUGCAGCAGCAGCAGCAGCAGCAGCAGCAGCAAAGACAGAAGUAGCAGCAGUGAAGACAGAAGCAGCAGCAGCAACAAAAGAAGAAAAUGCAGCAGCAGCAACAAAGACAGAAGCAGACGAGAAGCCUGCGGAUAGCAGCAGCAGCAGCAGCAGCAGCAGCAGCAGCAGCAGCUCUGCCGAGUCUACGGAGGGCGAAUCCGCAGCAGCAGGAGAGAAAGCAGCAGCAGCAGCAGCAGCAGCAGAAACAGCAGCAGCAGCAGCAGCAGCAGCAGCAGGGCAGCAGCAGCAGCAGCAGCAAAGACAGAAGUAG